GAUUCGCAUGUAGGAGACCGGGAGAGCUUUAGCGGUGAGUCUGGGCGAGAUAACAACAGAGCUGGUCCCACGGUUGUUUGUGUAUGUGUGUAUCACGGAACUAGUAAACAUCGUGCCUAGAUCAUGGAGUAGACCACAGUGCAGGUUUCAUAUUUGGGACGCGUCGGAAGCACAGAUUGCAAGGAUUCGAUACGUUUUAGUCAUCACACACCUACCCCGGGCGUACCAACUUUUUCAGGAAGAGUGGUGGGUUCUUUGACGAGUGGCUAUCGUCAACACUCUCAGAGGGUCAGACUGCCGUGGUGAGCCCGCGCGACCCCGGCUCAACCCUGGACCGCAUGAGGGACAACAACACUUGGACCGACCCGCCGCCACCGCCGCGACCGCCCCCACCGGCAGACGACAGCAGCAGCAUGGGGGACGUGGACGUCACCACGCCGCUUAGACCGAGUGAAGGUCAGGUGGAUCACGUGACGUACUACGCCCUGGGGUUCUGUGGGAUGUACGGCAUGCUGAUGGUUGUCAUAGGAACGGUUCUGCCAAUCAGCGAGUUCAUCACGGAGGACGUCGUCCAACCACAUGUCGACAGCUUGCUGGCGUUCCUGUGCAUCACGGGGUGUGUCUGGCUAGGAGCAGUGUUCCUGUCCAGGUGUAAAGCCGGCAGGUGUCCCAAGGAGAACAGCACGGACGACUUCAACAUGUUCCUCAAGUGUGGCCUCGUGGGUUUCGGUAUUCUCAGCGUCCUUCAGUCCGCCAUUGACGUGGCGAUCUACGCCGAGUACCAGACGAUACCCGGAUGUUACCAGGUGUCUCUGACGUCAUUCAUCCGCCCCCUAGGUUGGAUGUUUUUCUGCCUGAUGCAGAUGUACAUCCUGCUCACCUUCCAGAUGUGUGGGCAGCCCCACGGGUGGCGGUCGUGGUUCUACGUGCUGGGGCUGAUGCACUGCGUGGCCACCAACCUGUGCGUGUGGGUGAACACCGUGGUGCACGAGACCGUGGAGGCGCUGGAACACCGGCUCAACCAGACCGUGGUGGCGGAGGAGGGGCACGAGCAGGCCGCCUACAAACUCAUGCAGCAUAUGGAUUCCGGAAAUGCCAGUUCCGAGCACCAGUGUCCGCAAGUGUACCUCCAGGAGCUGAAACAGAUGUUGUCGCCUCUGCUGUUCCCCUGUACGGUGGAGGAGAGCCUCAUCGCCGCCGCUGCCUUCGCCAUCACCCUCAUCCAGAUCAAGAACCACGCCCUGGGCAAGACGGUGCCAAGACGACUCAAGACAGCGUCUCCCUCUCCUGGCUUCUUCUGCAUGUCUUCCUGUAAGGGGCUGAUCACCGGGGUGGUGGUUCUGGUCGCCAUGAUCUCCGUCGUGGCCGUCUUCGCGUUCUCGCUCCACGGGCCCGGGCUGGACCACGCGGCGACGUCUCUGGCGUACCAGAUCGUGGUGUUCACCAUCCACAUCCUGUGUAUCGUCUGUACGGUGUCCGCCUGGUACUACCUCCGGCAGCAUCGCAGCGACCAGAAGAGGGAGGCCAUGCUAGACAAGGUGUUGCUGACCGUGUCGAUGGCAGGGGUCCUUUUCCUCGGCGUGCUGGGGCUGAUAGCCGGGGUGAUGGCGGAGCUGCGUACCUGGUCCGACCAGCUGCUGGCGUGGCGGUCCGCCAUCCUCAUCAUCGAAGCCGCCCUGCAGACUCUGUUUGUCUUUGACGGGCUGAACCGAACGCCGUGGGCCCGCCAGGGCGAUAAGCGCGAGUUAUCGCCCAUUGUAGUUUCUGCAGGAGAGGAUCAGAAGAUCAACCAAUCACACAACGUUGAUAAGGACGACCCGGGGUUGCCUAGCGACCAAUCUGUGACCGACAGCGUGACACUCCCUGAUCACGGAGGGUCACGUGACAGCAGCAACAUCCGGGCCAUCGACUGCAGCGCCUUCAUGUCGACCGUCUACACCACCUGCGCUUCUCAGAACAGCCUCCAGGGGGCGCAGGACUCUCAGCAGGUGGAGCUCUUCGGGACGACACGGGAGGGAGUCCGCCGGCGCGCGUCGGUCGAGGAUGGCAGGCUGGCCAAGAAGCGGAGCCGGCAGCUGGUGAUGUUCCUGUUCGUGUUGAACGUGACGCUGUGGCUUGUAGCCGUGUCCACUCUCUACAUCCCGGACACCUAUAAUAUACAGGAGCAGUUCUACCACUCGGUCGCCUGGAUUCUGCUCAACCACAUCUCCCUGCCGCUCCUCAUCUUCUUCCGCUUCCACAGCGCCGCCUGUCUCUUCGAGAUCUGGGUCCACGCCUACCGUCUACACUCGGAUUUGUAACACGGCCAGAUCCACGCCUACCGUCUACACUCGAAUCUGUAACACGGCCAGAUCCACGCCUACCGUCUACACUAGCAUUUGUAACACGGCCAGAUCCACGCCUACCGUCUACACUCGGAUUUGUAACACGGCCAGAUCCACGCCUACCGUCUACACUCGGAUUUGUAACACGGCCAGAUCCACGCCUACCGUCUACACUCGGAUUUGUAACACGGCCAGAUCCACGCCUACCGUCUACACUCGAAUCUGUAACACGGCCAGAUCCACGCCUACCGUCUACACCCGGACUUGUAACAUGGCCAUAUCCACGCUUACCGUCUACACUCGGAUUUGUAACACGGCCAGACCUUAGGUCAUAGCUACACUGUGCGAAAUACCGUUCUCUUUCGGCACUGAACUCGAUAAGGCUUGGCUGCCCUCCAAUACAGGUUUUCAAAAAAAAAGUGGACCUCUUUGAUACCUGACACCGUAUUAUACCAGGCAGCAGUGUACAGUAUAAAGUUAAAACAUGUAACGUUAUUUUAUGGUCACUAAAUGAUGUAACCAUCCAUUAAUCUUCAAAAUCCAUAGGCAGAAAUACCUUUUGUAUGUAGUACGACUAGUCAACUGUACUAUCUUCAUGUUUCUAUUAUAAUGCUCAAGGCACUGUAUACUUUUGUACUAUGUUUCAUAUUCAAAAUGUAAGAAUCGUUACAUUGCGUUGGGAGUUUUUCUAUUGUCUAGUUUUAAAUGCGAUGUGUUGUUGCUCAGAAUGUAUCCAUCUUUUUAAUAGCUUUCAGUGAAUUUCUUCAGUUGUCAUUUAAAGUGUAUAUUUUAACGGUGCGUAGGACUAAUUAUGUAUGACACAAGCUCAACAAAAGUUUUUUUUAGAUAUCCUA